GAAGUGAAGGCGGAAGCUAAUAAACAUCCAGCAGCCCCCUCACAUUAAAGAGAAAGAGGAGGAUCCACAGCCCCUCCACAUUAAAGAGGAAGAGGAGGAAGUGUGGAUCACUCAGGAGGAAGAGUGUCUUCUAGGGCAGGAGGAGGCUGAUCUCAGCAAGUUUCCACUGACUGUUGUCUCUGUGAAGACUGAAGAGCAUGAAGACAAAGCACCUGAGUCCUCACAGCUUCAUCACAGUCCAAACGUCUGUGAAGAACAACUUCUGCCUGAAAAACAGGAGAGUAGCUUCAGGAUGGUGAAGGAGGAUCCAUCAAAGAGGAAGACCAGGCGCCACACACCCUCUGGUGUCUCCUUUUCUUCUUUGACACAGACCCUGCCCUUUAAAAAGGAAGAGGAAGACUCACUGACCCCCCACAUUAAAGAGGAAGAGGAGGAACACAGCAUCAGUCAGCCUAAAUGGUUGGUGGAGUUCCCAGUGACUGGUGUCCCUGUGAAGAGUGAAGAUGAUGAGGUCAAAGGUGAAAGUGAGGAGAAGAGCAGCAGCUCAACACAACACAUGACAACAGAAGCUGAUGGAGACCACUGUGGAGGAUCACAAGCAGACAAGCUCUUAGCUCCACUAUCAGAUAGUGAGGACACAACGUCACACUCUCCUGACACUGAUGAUGAAGACUCUAAAGAUGAUAAGACAUGUCACACUGACAACACUCACUUCAAAUGUUCUCACUGUGACAAAACCUUCAAAUACCGUAGUCAUCUGAAAACACACAUGAGAAAACACACCGGAGAAAAACCUUUUAUCUGUUCAAUAUGUGGUAAAGGUUUUGCAGCAAAUCGAUAUUUGCAAGUACACGUGAGAACACACACUGGUGAAAAACCUUUUAUCUGUUCAUUCUGUGGUCAAGGUUUUGCACACAGUUUAUAUUUGCAAAAACACAAAACAAUACACACUAAAGAAAAACCUUUUAUCUGUUCAAUCUGUAGUAAAGGUUUUGCACAAAGUGGCAAUUUGAAAGUACACAUGAGAACACACACUGGUGAAAAACCUUUUAUAUGUUCAAUCUGCGGUCAAGGUUUUGCACACAGUGUAUAUUUGAAAAAACACAGAACAAGACAUACUAAAGAAAAAACUUUUAUCUGUUCAAUCUGUAGUAAAGGUUUUGUAGAAAGUGGCAAUUUGAAAGUACACAUGAGAACACACACUGGUGAAAAACCUUUUUCCUGUUCAAUCUGUGGUAAAGGUUUCGUAGAAAGUGGCAAUUUGAAAGUGCACAUGAGAAGACACACUGGUGAAAAACCCUUUCCCUGCUCAAUCUGUGGUAAAGGUUUUGUACAAAAUGCCACUUUGAAAGUACACAUUAGAACACACACUGGUGAAAAACCGUUUUCUUGUUCAAUCUGUGGUAAAGGUUUUGUACAAAAUGACACUUUGAAAGUACACAUUCGAACACACACUGGUGAAAAAAAAUUCCCUUGUUCAAUCUGUGGCUUAUCUAUUUCAAGGAAGGAUAAUUUGAAAGUGCACAUGAGAACGCACACUGGCAAAAAUACUUUUUCCUGUUCAAUCUGUGGUAAAGGUUUUGCACAAAAUCAGAGUUUGAAAGUACACAUGAGAAUACACACUGGUGAAAAUUCACAUUGCUGUUCAAUCUGCAACAGAAGCUUUUGUGGACGAUCAAACCUUGUAAGACACAUGAGAAAACACACAGGAGAGAAAGUGUUGAGUUGCAGUGUGUGUGGUGAAAGAUUCUUUUAUAAGUACCAGUGUGAGAAACACAAGUGUGCUGGUGAGAACAGCAGCAGCAAAUGAAACUGCAGGAUUUGAAAUAAACUUUAAUUUGGACUUUCUAACAACAUCAGCACAUAUAACAUGUGUGACAUUGUUGUUUUUGUAACAAUCUUUUUAAUAUGCUUCUAUAUUUAUAGAUGUUAUUUUAUAUUAGUGCUUUUUUCAGUCAAGUACAUGCAUUAAUAUGCAACAUUGUGUACUUUUAUUCAAAAAUGAACAGAACAAUUUGACUGAAAAGGUGAGAGUAAACACUACAAUACAUAUUUUACAUUCAAUAAACAUUUUAUGUGUAUAUAUAUAUUCAUCAUGGGACGGUAUAGCUUGGUUGGUAGAGUGGCCGUGCCAGCAACUUGAGGGUUCCAGGUUCGAUCCCCGCUUCCGCCAUCCUAGUCACUGCCGUUGUGUCCUUGGGCAAGACACUUUGCCCACCUGCUCCCAGUGCCACCCACACUGGUUUAAAUGUAACUUAGUUAUUGGGUUUCACUAUGUAAAGCACUUUGAGUCAAUAGAGAAAAAGCGCUAUAUAAAUAUAAUUCACUUCAUCAUACAAUUUUAGACCUAUUCAUGACAGUGUUUUUUAUAGGUGUUUGAAAUAUUGAAGCGUUACAUAGUUUUAUUUCUAAUUGUCAAUAAUCCAAUAGAUUAGCUCCUUUAUAUGAUAUACAUAUGUACUGGUUCACAUCUGAAACAUCUUCUGGACCACUUCAGGAAGCAUAUUAUUAUUUACUUUAUACAUCAUUUGAACAGUCGUCUAUUAUUAACCUUUAAAAUGUGUGACUUUAGGAAUUAUUUGUUGGGUCUCUAUAAUCCAUUUUAUUAAUUAUCUUUAUUAAUCUCUUUUGUAAUAUGAUGAUUGUGUUGUGAUUGUUUUAUAUGUAUGUACCCAGACAUAGAAUUGGGUAAAAAAAAAAAAAAGUGAGAUAAAAUGACAGAAUUGUUUGUGGAAGGAUGGUAUUGUUUUUACAAACUUACAUUUGUGGAUAAAAUUUAAAAAAAUUCAUUAUUGUGUUUCAAACAUUUUUUAUGUUUUUUGUUUUUUUUAACAUCUCCAAAACAUUAUCAAUUUCAGAAAACAAGUUUGGAGUGUCAGGCAAAAGCCAAUAUUGUACAUCAUCCCACAAAGAUUCACUUUGCAUACAUUCAUAAAAACAAUUUAUUUAGUUUCCCUAUCACAGAAAGUACAAGUAUUGUCUUCAAUUGCAAAACAACAUCCUGAAAUUAUUUUAAGUGGUCAAUUCUGUUGUUUUUUUUAUUUUAUUUUUUAUGAACUUCUUUGCCUUUGGAAGAAUGGAAACUUUCAAGUUAUGAGUAUUUUUUGUUUGUUUGUUUUGUUCCACAGAAAAUACAGCAAAUAA